CUGUGCGAGCUGGCCUUUUUCUAAAGGCGCUUGUGGAGGCACAAAAAAAAAAGGAAGACCACAACCCGAAUUCCAUCCAAGGUUCUACAAAAGUAUACGCCUUCUCCGCAGAGGCGCCACGUCUUCGGGGUCUGGGCAUGACCUUCAGAGCCGCUUACUCCUCCGGUGGUCCCUGGAAAUGCGGCACUGCGAUCCCACCCCAAGCCGCAGGGGGCACCAUUCAGCUUCGAGCCGAGGGACUAGGGGACCGCUUUCUUUCUGCGUUUGCGUGACAAGAAGCCUCACUUCCGGCUCUGCGCGCGCAUCGUCGGCAUUUCCGGCGCCAGGUAGACGGUCGCCAUGAAGUUCAACCCCUUCGUGACCUCGGACCGCAGCAAAAACCGCAAACGCCACUUCAAUGCCCCCUCACACGUACGCCGGAAGAUCAUGUCCUCCCCGCUCUCCAAGGAGCUGCGGCAGAAGUACAACGUCCGCUCCAUGCCCAUCCGCAAGGACGACGAGGUCCAGGUGGUUCGAGGACACUACAAAGGUCAGCAAAUCGGCAAGGUAGUCCAGGUUUACAGAAAGAAGUACGUCAUUUAUAUCGAGCGGGUACAGCGUGAGAAGGCUAACGGCACAACCGUCCACGUGGGCAUUCACCCGAGCAAGGUGGUUAUCACCAGGCUAAAACUGGACAAAGACAGGAAAAAAAUUCUUGAACGCAAAGCCAAAUCUCGACAAGUUGGAAAAGAGAAAGGCAAAUAUAAGGAAGAACUUAUUGAGAAAAUGCAGGAAUAAAUAUAACCUGUUGUGUGUGCAACCACGGCUUAACUGCAGAUUUUUAGCCUGGUUUUGACGGUAUCCCUGGAAUGUUUGUAUCCUUCUGUUUUGUUAUUGAUAUGUGGCUCUGUAAAUCUACUUUUGCUGUUUUGAUUAAUUUUAUGAAUAAAAGUUGGAAAUGUUUUCUAAUUCCAGAUGGAAUUUGUGUUGUUUUAUAGAUAAAGUCUGUCUUAUUAUCAA